AUGCGCGAGUCGUUUGGUGUCUUUUCUUGGGCGACAGCAUCCGUUGCGGUCACUCGUCCGUCGGCAGCAGUUGUGGGUGCCGUUUUGCUCGUUUGCUGUCGAAAAGUUUGGUUCGCAAGGCGGCGUUCGUUCUUUGGUUCGCAAGAAGGCGUUCGUUUUUUUGGUUCGCAAGAAGGCUUUCGUUUUUUGGUUCGCAAGGCGGUGUUCGUUUUUUGGUUCGCAAGGCGGCGUUCGUUUUUUUGGUUCGCAAGAAGGCGUUCGUCUUUUGUGUCACAAGAAGUUCCGGUUUCUAUCAAUGGGAAUCAUUCAGUGUUUCUCUUCUGUCUGGCACUCUCUGUUUCUUUUCCAAUUUCUCUCUCUACCUUUAUCUAUCUAUCUAUCUAUCUAUCUAUAUAUAUAUAUAUAUAUAUAUAUAUAUAUAAUCUAAUUAUUUGUCUUUUACAUAUACUUCUCUUUGUAUCUAUCUAUCUAUCUAUCUAUCUAUCUAUCUAUCUAUCUAUCUAUCUAUCUAUCUAUCUAUCUCAGCCUGUUCGUAUCUAUCUAUCUAUCUAUCUAUCUAUCUAUAUAACAUUUCUCAGCCUGUUUCUAUCUAUCUAUCUAUCUAUCUUAGCCUGUUCGUAUCUAUCUAUCUAUCUAUCUAUCUAUCUAUCUAUCUUAGCCUGUUUGUAUCUAUCUAUCUAUCUAUCUAUCUAUCUAUUCUAUCUAUCUAUCUCCCUUAGCCUUUUCGUAUCUAUCUAUCUAUCUAUCUAUCUAUCUAUCUAUCUAUGUCCGUUCGUAUCUAUAUAUCUAUUUAUCUAUCUAUGUAUCUAUCUAUCUCCCUUAGCCUUUUGUAUCGUAUCUAUCUAUCUAUCUAUCUAUCUAUCUAUCUAUCUAUCUAUCUAUCUAUCUAUCUCUGUCUGUUCGUAUCUAUAUAUCUAUUUAUCUAUCUAUUUAUCUAUCUAUCUGAGCCUGUUCGUAUCUAUCUAUCUAUCUAUCUAUCUAUCUAUCUAUCUAUCUAUCUAUCUAUCUCAGCCUGUUCGUAUCUAUCUAUCUAUCUAUCUAUCUAUCUAUCUAUCUAUCUAUCUAUCUAUCUGCUUCUUUCUUACUUACCGCCUCUGUUUAUUACAACUCUUCUUUCUCUUUUACUUUUGUUUCUUUCCUUCCCAUCCCGUUAACCCUAUCUCAGCCUGUUCGUAUCUAUCUAUCUAUCUAUCUAUCUAUCUAUCUAUCUAUCUAUCUAUCUAUCUUGUAUCAGUAUCUAUCUAUCUAUCUAUCUAUCUAUCUAAUUAUUUGUCUUUUUACAUAUACUUCUCUAUCUAUCUAUCUCAGCCUUCAGUCUUUAAUUCAUUCUUUAUUCUUCUUUCCUUCUUCCCUUCCUUCCUCAAACGUUUCUUUUAUUUCAUUUCUUUCGCUUCCUUCUUUCAUUCCAUUCCAUCUUUGUCAUUCUUUAAUUCAUUUCUUUCUUCCUUCCUUCCUUCCUUCCUUCCUUCCUUCCUUCCUUCCUUCCCCUUCCUUCCUUUCCUUUUCCUUUUCUUUCCCUUCCUUCCUUCCUUCCUUUCCAUCCUUCCUUUUCUUCCUUCCUUCCUUCCUUUCUUCCUUCCUUUUUCCUCCUUUUCCUUCCUUUUUCCUUCCCUCCUUCCUUCCUUUCUUUCCUUCCUUCCUUUCUUUUCCUUCCUUCUUCCUUUUUCCUUCCUUCCCUUCCUUCCUUCCUUUUCCUUCCUUCCUUCCUUCCUUCCUUCCUUUUUCCUUUUUCCUUCCUUCCUCCCUUCUUUUCUUUUCCUUCCUUCCUUCCUUCCUUUUUUCCUUCCUUCCUUUUCCUUCCUUCCUUCCAUUUCCUUCCUUCCUUCCUUCUUCCUUCCUUCCUUUUUCCUUCCUUCCUUCCUUUUUUUUUUUUUCCUUCCUUCCUUCCUCCUUUUCUUUUCUUUUUUUUUUUUCCUUCCCACCUUUUCCAUUUUCCUUUUCCUUUCUUUUCUUCCUUUCCUUCCUUCCUUUUCUUUUUUCUUUUUUAUAUUCUUUUUUUUUUUUUUUUCUUUCCGUUCUUUUUUCUUUCUUCUUUUUCUUUUCUUCCUUCCUUCCUUCAUUUUUUCCAUUAUACUUUCCUUCUUUCUUUCUUUUUUUCCUUCCUUUCUUUCUUUUUUUCUUUUUCUUUUCCAUUUUUUUUCCAAUUCUUUUUCCUUCUUUCCUUUUCGUUCUUUUCCUUUUUCCUUUCUUUCUCUUUCUUUUUUUCCUUCCAUCUCUUCUUUCCUUUCUUUUUUUAUUUUUUUUUUUUUUUUUUUUUUUUUUUUUUUUUUUUUAAAAGAAUCCUUCUUUUUUCCUUUUUCCAUUUUUCUUUUCUUUCUUUCUUUCUUUUUUUUCUUUCCCACCCUUACAGCAUUUGGUAUACUAACCAGGCCCGAUUUAUUUUUCUUUCUUUGGUCAGAAACCCUAUCUAUCAUAUCUAUCUAUCUAUCUAUCUAUCUAUCUAUCUAUCUUCUAUAUCACUUUCUUUCAAAUCUAUUCUAUCUAUCUAUCUAUCUAUCUAUCUAUAUAUAUAUAUAA